UCUCGGGCGCAAGCGCAGAGCUGCGACUGCUGCUGAUACGUUGCUCACUCGCAGUGUGGUCUCUGUUUUGCAACUGGUCGUCCGCGUCAGGAGACUUAGGUCCAGGUGACUGCUCAGACAAUGACUGGCCCCGCAUACCGAGCAGAGCAUGAUCAGCAGCAGUCUGAAUGGAAGAGUGCCUGUGAUCCUAGGAAACCUGAUGGGCGUUGGAGCAGCGGUUCGACGCGUGGGUUUCUCUUUAAUCCUUCCGACUUCCCCAAGCCCCGCGCACUCAGGUUCCGCUCUAAGUGCGGGACCCGCCCGGGGUGUGUCUGGGGUACUCGGCCGGAGGCGGCCGGUGAGUGGGGCUUACAGGGCCCCGGGACCAAGAUAAGGAAAUUGAGGCACACAGAGAUGAAGUGCUUGCUCGGCCGGGCGCAGUGGCUCACGCCUGUGGGAGUGGUGGCGCGCGCCUGUAAUCCCUGCUACUCGGGAGGCUGAGGCAGGAGAAUCGCUUGUACCCGGGAGGCAGAGGUUGGAGCGAGCCGAGACCACGCCAUUGCACUCCAGCCUAGGCAACAAGAGUGAAACUCCGCGCCCCUCCCCUCCAAAAAAGAGAAGUACUUAAGUUACAGAGGCUAGUGAGUGCCAGUCCUUAGUUUAUGUUUCUGAUGAUGAAGGAACCCCAGCAUGUUAAUUGAACUUGAUCACCCAGUUGAAGGAAGAAUAACAGUAGAUGUUGGAUCUUCAGGAAGCUGAAGAGGGCAGUGCCCAGAAAUACCUGUCUAGAUAGGGGGAUUUGAACUGAACCAAAGCAUCAACACCAAUCAGACUGUUUCCAAAGAACUAGAGUUUUCAGGGUCAGCAAUGGAAAGCCUCAGAGGGAAUACUGCUCAGGGUCCUACAAAUGAAGAAGCCUAUAAAAAUGAAGGCCAAUUAUCAAGGCAGACAAAAUGUCCUGCACAGAAGAAAUCCUCUUUUGAGAACACAGUGGUCAGAAAAGUGUCAGUGACACUCAAAGAAAUUUUCACAGGGGAGGAAGGCCCUGAAUUCAGUGAAUUUAGUCUAAGCCCAAACCUUGAUGCACAACAGAAAAUUCCAAAGGGAGAUGGAUCCCCAAUAUCUAGGAAAAACUCCAAAGAUAAUUCAGACUUAAUUAAACACCAAAGACUUUUCUCACAGAGAAAAUCUUGUAAAUGCAAUGAAUGUGAAAAAGCCUUUAGUUACCAAUCAGACCUUCUUGUACACAGUAGAAUUCAUGGUGGAGAAAAGCCUUUUGAAUGCAAUAAAUGUGGGAAACCUUUCAGCCGAAGUACACACCUUAUUGAACAUCAAAGAACUCACACUGGAGAGAAACCUUAUGAAUGCAAUGAAUGUGGAAAAGCUUUUAGCUGGAGCACACAUCUUAGUCUACAUCAGAGAAUCCAUACUGGAGAAAAACCAUAUGAAUGUAGUGAAUGUGGAAAAGCCUUUAGCCGAAGCACUAACCUUAGUCAGCAUCAGCGAACUCAUACUCAAGAAAGGCCUUACAAAUGUAAUGAAUGUGGGAAAGCCUUCAGUGACCGUUCAACCAUAAUUCAGCAUCAACGAAUACACACUGGAGAGAAUCCCUAUGAAUGCAGUAAAUGUGGAAAAGCUUUCAGUUGGAUCUCAUCGCUUAUUGAACAUCAGAGAACACACACUGGAGAGAACCCCUAUGAGUGCAGUGAAUGUGGGAAAGUGUUCUGUCGAAGCUCCUCUCUUACAGAACAUCAGAGAAUCCACACUGGAGAAAAGCCCCACAAGUGUAGAGUGUGUGGAAAGGGCUUCAGUCGAAGCUCAUCCCUUAUUAUUCAUCAGAGAACUCAUACCGGGGAGAAGCCAUACAAAUGUAAUGACUGUGGAAAAGCCUUCAGUCAGAGUUCAACUCUGAUCAGACAUCAGCACCUUCAUACUAAAGAGUAAUAGCUGAGCUUUUAUUAAUGUUAGCACAGGAACACAUAUACCUAGCACAGGAACCUCCCACCACUGAAAUAUAUAUAUAAUUCAAGUAUAUAUAUACUUGUUCUAAUUUUCUUUUAUUAGAUACCUAUACCCGUUUUAAGCUUUCAUUCGUUCUUUCCAUCCAUCCUUCUUUCCUCUCCCCUCCCUUCUUCCCUCCUUCCUACUUUUUCUCCCUCCCCCUGUUCUUUCUUUCUCUUUUCUCAAAUAAGUUCACAAUAAAACAAAGGGAUGACUCAAAAAACUUAACAUAUGAAAUCUAAUAUUCUGAAGGACUCCAACUUUAGAGUAUAAAGCUACCUGACACCUAGUAGUUUCUCUGCUAAUCUGUUCCAUCAAGCGUGGGUCCCUGAACCACCAGGUUAUCCUCUGUUUUCUAACCACAUCAGCCCCUUCACAUGAAGAGAAAAUCCUGUGUGUGUGUCUUCAUACUUGCUGGCUCUACUACCAGAAGAGAGGGAUCUGGCUUCAGAGCAGGACUGAAAACUUCUCACCAGUCUGGGGAUAAUAGUGUUGAGGCAAAUUCAUUCUCUUAACUUGCAAAGACAGAUUUUUCUCAUCUUUCUCCUUCUCUCACCUUUUUUGCUGUAGCAUUUUUCCUCAAAGUAUAACUCAUUUUUUUACUAAUGCCUAAACUAAUCAUAGUGUUAUUUUAUCACAUUUUUACCAACAAAGUUCUAAAAAUCCUGGAGACAUUCCUCCAUGAUCUUGGGGAAAAAAGUUGCCAAAUGCUGUGCUGUUUUGUUUUGUUUUUUUUUUAAUUUUCUUUCAUUUACAGACUUCAUGAAACUUACAUUCUGUGGCUUUGACCCUCACCAAUCUUGGAAGAUUGAUCUCUCAAGGACAAACCCAGUGCCUGUUUCUCAGUUCUUUUUCUACUUGACAUUUGCAGAAUUGGCACUUUUUGCCACUGUUAUGCCUUAAAGCUUGAGCUUCUUUCAGGAUCCAUGAUCCUGUGCUGAUCUACAUUUUUCCUACCUCCAAGCAUUUCUUUGAUUGUCAAUGAUCAGCUCUGUGAUUUGGGGCAAGGGUUAGGCCAGAAUAAUCUCAUUUUAUCAAGUUAUAAAACUUGAGGUAGUGCAACUAGAUUAUACACUUCUUGAAGACAGAAAUCUUGGUUUGUUUGUUGUUUUAUUUUUGAGAGAAGGUCUUGCUCUGUUGCCCAGGCUGGAGUGCAAUGGCACAAUCAUAGCUCACUGUAGCCUUGAACUCCCGGGCUCCUGCCACAGCCUCCUGAGUAGCUAGGGCUGCAAGUGUGUACCACCACACCCACAAUUUUACAGUUUUUUUGUGGAGACAGGAUCUCACUAUAUUGGCAAGGCUGGCCUCCAUCUCCUGAACUCAAACAAUUCUCCCACCUCGGCUUCCGAAAACACUGACAUUACAGGUAUGAGCCACCACACUUGCCAGAAAUCUUGUUUUUGAUUGAUAAAAACAUCACAAAGUGCCGAGUAGACACUAAAUGCCCUGUAAUUAUUGCUCACUGAUUCCUCUUUAUCUGUGAUCAAUCAACUUGACUUUAUUUGAUAUAGAUUAAUAAUUGAUUUCUUUCUCUCUUUCUACUGCUGCUUCCAAGUUCUUGGUACCUCGUGCUUAGAUAACUAAAUUGAUCACUGUUGACUCACUACCAUUAUCUAGCUCCUUACUAAACUACUGCUUUGUUAAAAAAAAUAGUCUACAGUUUCCCAGUGACCUCUGCCCCAAAUGUAAACUUCUUUAACCUAAAGGUCUUUCAUAGUUUGAUCUACUUAUUUACUUCCUUUCUCUUCUCAAAAAUAAUACAUGUGGGCAGGCCUGUUUUUUGUCCCUACUAUACCCUCUUAUCACACUUUGCUUCUUUUCAAACUAUUCCUUGACACUUUUAUGUGUCCUACUUUCUUCGUUGUAUUCCAGAAACCCUAUCCACCCUUUUUUAAAGGCCACGCUCAUAUCCUGACUCUCUGACACUUUCAGUCCCCUGCCUUCUUAGAAAUCCUUUGUAGUGAUGGUUUGCAUUAUUCUCCUGUAUUAGACACCUUCUUUACUGUUUUCUGGUUCUUUCACAAGUACUUUUUUACAUAAGCUGUUUUGAAGUUGUAAAUCAUCCUAAAUCUUUUAUAAGCCUCAUAUAAUACAUAGUACAAUGCCGGCCUGGACUCUAGUUUUAAUCUAAAUGCAUAGGGUUUAAUUUAGCAGCAUAAUCUUUUUAGUCUUUUGAAUGAUGAGGUAACCUCAUAGGUAUUUUGGCCCAUUUUGUUUUUCCUUGAAUUACAUAUAUAACUGACUAUUUAGACUGACUCCUUUAGAUCUCCUGGGAUGCUGACCUCUUGGCUUUCCAAUUCAUUAGACUAUUGUAAAGAAUAAGUGAGUUCAUUUAUGUAAGGUAGUAAAACAGUGCCUGACAUAAAGUAAAUGCUCAAUAAAUUCUAAUUGUUAUGAUUCUACUGAUUCACAUCUGCCUAUAGCUUUUUAUUUUAUUCCCUGCAGAGCCUUUAACUUCAUUACUAGAAAUGGAAAACUAGGAUCACAAUCAAAUAGCUAGAAGGUAUUUCUUUUAUCAUAAUAGGCAAUAGCUAUUUUAUUAUAACUCCAUUGUGUGUAAAAAAUGACUCAAGAUGGCAAACAAGAUACAGUAAAAUAAACACAUACAAAUGAGCACUAGGAGAUCAGAACAAGUUAUUAUAACCUACACAGGUAGUCAGUUAGGGAUACAAACUGAGCAUUCUGGCAACCAAAAUGAGAAGGUCAUUUGCUUACAUUGUUUUAGAAGGAAAAAAAAUGUCCAUUCUUCAAGGAAAACAAAAGUUUUCUAAUACUUAGAAUUAAGAUGAAUUACUCCAUUGGUCUUCAUGUAAUUAUACAAUGUCUUUGAUAUAAAAAAAUUUAUAUUUCAUAACACCUAGUAUACAGCAGUUUCUCUGGUGAAUAAAUAUUUAGUUUAUAGUAGAAAGUCCAGAAAGGCAGAUGUGAAGAUUGUUCUUAGGAUGGACUGAGGUUCGCAGGAGCAGGGGGUAGAGUAUAUUAAGUAAUGAAAUAUUUACUGGUACCAGAAGAAAUGCUCUUUGUAGAUAUUUGAGUACAGUUAUGCACCACACAAGGACAUUUUGGGCAAUGAUGGACUGCAGAAAUGACAGUGAUCACAUAAGAUUAUAAUGGAGCUGGAAAAUGCCUAUUACCUAGUGACAUCAUAGCACAAUUAUAUGUUUGUGGUGAUACUGGUGUAAACAAACUUACUGCACUGCCAGUCAUAUAAAAGUAUAGCACUAAAGGCCUAGUGUGGUGGCUCACACUUGUAAUCCCAGCACUUUGGGAUGCCGAGGCGGGUGGAUCACCUGAGGUCAGGAGUUCAAGACCAGCCUGGCCAACAUGAUGAAACCCCGUCGCUACUAAAAAUACAAAAAUUAGCUGGGCGUGGGGGCUCACGCCUAUACUCCCAGCUACUUGGAAGGCUGAGGCACAAGAAUUGCUUGAAUCUGGGAGGCAGAGGUUGCCGUGAGCCAAGAUCAUGCCACUGCACUGCAUCCUGGGCAACAGAGUGAGACUCGGUCUCAAAAACAAAAACAAACAAACA